CUUCCAAAAAAGUGGGGAAAAAAGAGGAUGACACUGACACCUUUUGACCAUGUGCAUCACGAGCUUCUUUACCAUUUCUAAUACCAUCUGGCCCGGAUCCGAGCUCUGUAUACCGCAACCAGAAGAAACGUUGGACAAUCAGCUCGUCAGCUACCACUGCUCCCCACGAGCCACGACCCCACCCAUUCUCGCCAUGGAUCCGAGCUCCGAAAUCAUAGUGGACACUCCCUUCUUCCGCCUCUACAGCGACCGGCGCAUCGACCGCCUGAUGGGCACCAGCACUGUGCCGCCCGGCCUCGACGCCUCAACCGGCGUCACGUCGAAGGACGUCGUCAUCGACGGCGACACCGGCCUCUACGUUCGCCUCUACCUCCCGGACACAGCCUCCCGGUCUGACGACAGCAAGAAGCUCCCCGUGCUCGUCUACUUCCACGGAGGCGGCUUCGUCACCCAGUCGGCGGCGUCUCCGGCGUACCAGCCCUUCCUCAACUCCCUGGCCGCGAGGGCUGGCCUGCUCGUCGUCUCCGUGAACUACCGCCUCGCGCCCGAGCACCCGCUGCCGGCCGGCUACGAGGACUCCUUCCGCACGCUCAAGUGGGCGGUCUCUGGUAACGGCGAUCCCUGGCUGUCGCAGCACGCCGACCACGGCCGCCUCUUCCUGGCCGGCGACAGCGCCGGCGGGAACAUCGUUCACAACGUCUUGAUGAUGGCCGCGUCCGAAGGAGAGGCGGGCACGGGCACGGCGGCGGCGGAGGCACGGGUCGAGGGUGCGGUUCUGCUCCACGCGGGGUUCGGCGGGAGGGAGCCCGUCGACGGGGAGACGCCGGAGGCGAUGGAGAUGGUGGGGAAGAUGUGGGGCUUCGUGUGCCCCGAGGGGACGGACGGCGCGGACGACCCGCGGCUGAAUCCCCUGACCGCCACGGCGCCGAGCCUUCGGAACUUCCCGUGCAAGAGGGUGCUCGUCUGCGUGGCGGAGAAGGACUUCACGCGGCCGAGGGGCAGGGCGUACUACGAGGCCCUGGCGGCGAGCGGGUGGAGCGGCACGGCGGAGUUGUUCGAGUCGGAGGGCCAGGAGCACGUCUUCUUCCUCUUCAAGCCCGGUUGCGAUGAGGCCGCGGCGCUCAUGGAGCGGCUCGUUUCCUUCUUCGCUGGGAACUGAAUACGUCAUGCGUGACUACGACCACACUGGCCGAAACGAAUGGAGCAACAAGCGACGGUGCAGCUGAUUGCUGAAUUAUGUAAAAUAAAAAUCUGAUUGCUGAAUUGAAUAAUCAGAAACUUCUGUUGAAUGAUUGGGCUUGGAGUCUCAGGCUGAUCUUUUGUGA